AUCCUAUGUAUGUACAUUUACAAAUUCUUGCUGUUUCUUUCCGUAGAAGGAUCAAACCCAAGAUCAUCAUGAAGUUCUUAUAUAUUCUCAUUCUUAUGAUUGGAAUUAUCUAUCAGAUAUUUGCCACCAUGGAUGAUACAGAAAGGAAUGUCUUCUCGAUGAACGUUCCUUAUGGAAGAGGAUUGGACAAUGAACUGCAACUUGCUAGAUUGUUAAUGGCAUCGCCACGGCUUUGCUAUCCAAAACGUAACUCCGAGAUUAUCAAUACUUUACUGGGUCUUCCAAAAAAUAUGAACAAUGCUGGAAAAUGAAAUAUUUAUGAUAGAAUUGAUACGGAUAAUUAUUUAUAAAAAUAUGUAUAUUCUAUUAAUAAGUUUUAAUUGCAAUUGUAAAAGAGUGCUUUGUUCUUGAAUAACACAAUGAAAAUCAAAGAUGUAACAGCACAAAAUUUUUGUUAUUUUAUUUCU